AUGCUUCCUUCAAACCAUGUGCUUGGUAAUCAUAAGGAAGUAAAAUUUACCACGGGUUCUCACAAAGUGGGGAAAUCCUGGAAGCUAGUUGUGGCAAAUAACUUUAGCAUGGUCACUAAUGAGAGGUCGAAGAGGAUGUUGCGGUUGCGGAAGAAUGGUAACCAAUGUUUGAAGUGGGGUCGGGUCAUCCUGGUUCCCAGGCAACUCAAGCAGGCACUGGAAUGUAUUUUGCUAGAUGAUCAAGGGAUUGUGGGUUCGAAGGCUACCUUAUCUUAUAAUGGUUAUGUCGUCCCAAUGAAGAAUAAUCUCUUCGAAUUCCAUAGCCGCUGGACAUGGCCCUCAAACCAAUGGCCUUUGAAAUCGGCCAAGUGGAGAGUGGAGCUGGUGGUGGUUUACGGCAUAGAAGAAGCCAACCACAUGGUGAUGCGGUUAAUGCAUCGAGUGGGUUAG